AUGGCAGACACACAAGAUCCAUCACAGGAAGACCAUAUCGCUCACUGCAUCAACCAUAUUCGGCAAGCGCUCCAGUGCCAUUCCGAUCUAACUCCAAUGGAAUGGAGGCUGGAGGGCUCCAAUGUGAUACUGAAUACAGACACUCGCCAUACAUGCAGGGACUGGGACAAGAUCCAUGCUUGGGAAAGCUUGCGUCAAACUCGAUUCAAGGAUAUUGAGGCUUGGAAGAACGGAAGUCUGGUUCUUGUAGAUUAA